AUGAUUCCUCGAACACUUACGGUAGCGGCUUUUGUUCCACGGCCCUCAGCACUGAGCUAUUCAACAUCUCGAGGUUACGCCAAAGUCUCAUUGAAAAGUACUAUCGGCCACCAGCACCGCAUUGCCGUGGUUGGAGCUGGUUCGGCUGGCCUUGCAAUCAGUCAUCAGCUCCUUCGGUCUGGCAAAUUCUCCAAGAACGAUAUCGCAAUCAUCGACCCAUCAACAACGCAUGACUACCAGCCUGGGUGGACCCUGGUCGGCGGAGGUCUGAAAAACAAAAGCGAUCUCCGCAAGCCACUGACCAGCUUACUCGACCCUGCCAUCAAAUUUUACAACGAAGGUGUGAGCUCAUUUUCUCCAGCAGAAAAUUCGGUCACACUGGGAGACGGCAGCGAGAUUAGCUACGAGCACCUGGUCGUCGUGCCUGGCAUCAAAAUCAACUAUGACAGCAUCGAGGGCUUGCCCGAGGCUCUUGCCAACCCUGAAUCUCUCGUAUCCACCAUUUACGGCUAUGAAACCUGUGACAAAGUUUUCAACUCGAUCCAGAAAUUCCGAAAGGGCAACGCGAUUUUCACUCAACCUACUGGCAUUGUCAAGUGUGCAGGGGCACCACAGAAGGCUAUGUGGCUCGCUUUGGAUCAUUGGAAGCGAGCCGGGGUUUACAACCCCUCAAGCCACAUUUCAUCGCCGAUCAAGAUAAGCUUCGCAACGGGCUUACCGGCCAUGUUCGGUAUACCUAAGUAUAGUGCCAAACUGGAAGAAUUACGCCAGCAAAGGGGCGUGGAAGGGCUGUUUCAGCAUGACCUAGUUGCUAUCCAGGGCAAUACUGCGGUCUUUUCCUCUCCAGAUGGAAAGGAACAGAGGAAGCAGUUUGAUUUUUUGCAUGUCGUGCCCAAAAUGGGUCCUCAUCUCUUCGUCAAGAACAGCCCCUUGGCAAACGAGGCUGGCUUGGUGGAUGUCGAUGAGUUCACCACUCGCCACAAAACUUAUCACAAUGUAUGGUCUGCCGGUGAUGCCUCUAGUCUGCCGACAUCAAAGACGACCGCAGCAAUCACGUCGCAAGCGCCGACCCUCGUCGACAAUCUCCUCUUGGCAUUGGAGAAGAAACCACCCCAGGCCACCUACGAUGGUUAUACCUCUUGUCCGCUAGUCACGGAGUACGGGAAAGUUCUUCUCGCCGAGUUCAAGUAUGGUGGAGUGCCAAAGGAGACGUUCAGCAUGCUUGGAAUCGACCAGGCAGUACCCCGACGCGCAUUUUACCAUCUGAAAAAAGAUUUCUUUCCAUGGGUUUACUAUAAAGCCAUGGUUAAAGGCACUUGGGGCGGACCCAAAGGAUGGAUUCGCAAGCGUUGA